AAAGUCCCCCCCUGUUGCCUGUGUGCAGGAAGGGGUCAUCUGCAAAACAGUUGCCCAGCACGUUUUUGUCUGAACUGCUGUUUGCCUGGCCACUGUUUCAGGGAAUGCCUGGAGAGAGCCUAUUGGAAUAAACACUGCAAUCGCUGCGAUAUGAAGGGGCAUUACGCUGAUGCUUGCCCAGAAAUAUGGAGGCAGUAUCACCUAACAACAAAGCCAGGACCUAUCAAGGCGGCCGGUUCUCACUCCGAGCGCUCCGCUUUGGCGUACUGCUACAACUGCUCCCGGAAGGGACAUUUUGGAUAUGAGUGCUCAGAAAAGCGGAUGCAUGGGAGCAUGUUCCCUACUUCUCCAUUUGUCUACUACUAUGAUGAUGAAUACGAAAUCAAGAGAAGAGCAAACAGAUUAGAAAGAAAGGUUGCAGAACUACAAGGAGCCGGCCUUCUGCCAGAGACACUGUGGCAGGAAGAAAAACAUGGGGGGCACAUGCAUAAGAAAAAGAGCAAGCCUGGGAAAGAACAUGGGAAACAUAACAGAGAUGGCGAGUGUCACAAAAAGAUGAAGAUGUCCCGGGCAGAGAAACACAGAAAAGAGAAACACAGAAGGGAUGUUGAAAUCCGCCAUAAGAUGGAGGAAGACUUCCCCAGAGGGUGUAAAAGGCAGGCAUGUAAGGGCAGCAAAAUCCGUUAUAAGUCCAUUUUCCAGGCAUUCUCAGGCAGCAAGACUCCGUAUGCGCAGGAGCCUCUGGAAGGUGCUAAAAGAAAGAAGAAAUGGAAAAAGCAGAAAGAUGCUAGUCCUGAUAUCAAUGAGAAUUUAUUCCUCAUAAAACAGAGGAGGAGGAAAUCUAAACAGAAAUCCUGA